GUAAGAAGAAGAAGAAAGUAUGCUUGGCCACUGUCUGUGCUUGCCCUAAUCGCCUACAGCAGUAGGGGUGAACUUCACAGUGUUAUCUGAUGCAGACUUUGUGAAGCGGACUGCCAGGAAGUCUCAAAAUGCAGAGAAAGAAAAUUACAGUUGCAGCUGUUCUCCUGCUCUGUGCUUUUCACGCACUCUGCUCUGAUGAUGUUGAUAAUCAGAAAUGUGUGUGCAGCUGGGAGUCGGAUUGCUUUCAGGCAGCUGACCACCUGAGUGACUCUGAUCCUGUCAGCCUGAAGUUGUCAGCUGGUAAGAAACUCCUCAUCUCUCUAGAGGGCCUUCCUGAUCAUCCUGUCUGCCAGUGGGAGAGCGAGAAAAGCCCACAGAUGAACAUAACUAGGAGUGUCUCCAUGGUCAUACCAAGACUUGCAAGGAAUGAUUCUGGGAUUUACAAACUGACCUGUAAAAGACAAGAGAAGACCAUUAUCUCAAAAACUGUUGAUCUUCGUAUCCUUGAACGUCCCUCAAAAUCAAAGCUGUCUCUGGAUAAUAUGAAUAUGGCACGCAUGUCUCCUUAUUUUAAAUGCAUCUCUGGUGGUUCUCCAAAGCCCAGUAUUGAAUGGUCUCGUCCAUCCUCAAGGGAUGAGAAAAAAGAUAUUGAUGGUUCAACAGCACAGAGCUCAACCACAACUGCGAACUAUGCAGAGAGUGGAGCGAUGUGUUGUGCCACCAACGAUGAAGGACAAGAAUGCACCCAGCUGUAUGACUUUGACAUAAAUACUGCUUCAAUGAAACCCGAUGAGGUUUCUAGUGUGACCAUAAGUCCCGGUGAGCCUUUGGUGCUUCGCUGCAGAAAAUAUGCUGAUUGUAGUUCUGUGUGGGAACAUGAUGGCAAGGUUUUGGCGGAAACCUGUCCAGAUAAUGAGAUCUGUAUUAAAAAGGACAGACAUGGGAAGAGCUGCAUGCUGUAUGUCUUCAUCAGAUCAGUAACCUCACAACACAACGGCACAUACACCUGCAAAAACUCAGACAGAACUAAAUCUGUGGAUGUUCACGUUACGGCUGAGAGCUUCAUCACCUCCCAGCUGCCUGAUCAGUUUGUGAUAACUCAGAACAGCUCCUGCUUGGCAGCAACUGUUUCCUACCACCCAGUGCUGCAGCACUGCUACUGGGAAGCUCCUGAUGGGAGUUUCACUAAAUGCAUCAGAGACAAGAAAGUGACAAAGCACAGGACUGUGAAGGCCUGUGGACCAUUAAAGUCUGGAGUGUAUAAACUACACCUGGAGGCUGGAGGAAAAAUGGAAACAAAGGAAACAAAUGUUUGUGUUGUAGAGAAACAAGGGUCAUCAAUUAAGAAAACAGAUAAUUACCUUUUUGUUGAGACUGUGAGUGUCUUGCCUGCUAAGUCUACAUGGAUGAUGUUAAGUUUAUCAUCCAGCAACAGCUCUGAAACAAACCCACCCUGGGAAGUGAUUGAGAGGAAGAAUCACUCAGUUUCUGAUGGCUUCUGUAACCAGAAACUCACCAGCAAUGUGAGCACAAUAAAUGUAACGGUUGCAACAAAAUUUAAGUUUUGCUUGACGGACCAAGCUGGGUCCUGGUGCAGUGAGGGAUUUUAUGAGGUUCCAGACCUCAAACCCGAAGCCUCCAUAGCUUAUCAAUCUUAUGACGGUCACUUAUUAAUGCCACUGAAAAUUGGCAUAUUGGCUCUGCUCCUGGCUCUGACAAUAAUCUAAUUUGUGCUUGUGUACUACAUCAAGAAAAAGAAAUCCCAAUAUCAGCCUCAGCUUCAGAUGAUCCAGGUGGUUGGACCUAACGACAACGACCUGUAAGGAACUGAAAAAAUAUUCUGGAGAAGAAAAAUUCCCACAUUGUGCUGUAGAAUUUAAUUGUUUGCCAAAAUAAAUAAAUAAAAAUAGAACAUUUUUAUUUCUACACCCCAA